GUGGCGCCUGAGGGUGUCGGCGCGGUCCGUGGCGGCGCUGAAGAGAGCGGUUACCGCCAUGAUAGAACAGCAGAAGCGUAAGGGCCCAGAGUUGCCGCUGGUCCCAGUUAAGCGGCAGCGGCAUGAGUUGCUGUUGGGAGCGGCGGGGUCGGGCCCGGGCGCGGGGCAGCAGCAGGCGACGCCGGGAGCUUUGCUGCAAGCGGGGCCUCCAAGGUGUUCCUCCCUUCAAGCCCCAAUCAUGCUGCUCUCAGGACAUGAAGGAGAAGUAUACUGCUGCAAGUUUCACCCCAAUGGAUCCACCUUAGCAUCUGCAGGAUUUGACCGACUGAUACUGUUGUGGAAUGUCUAUGGUGACUGUGAUAAUUAUGCCACAUUGAAGGGACACAGUGGAGCAGUGAUGGAACUGCAUUAUAACACAGAUGGCAGUAUGCUCUUCUCAGCAUCCACAGAUAAAACUGUGGCAGUGUGGGAUAGUGAAACAGGAGAGAGAGUUAAAAGGCUAAAGGGACAUACGUCCUUUGUGAAUUCCUGUUAUCCAGCUAGGAGGGGCCCCCAGCUUGUCUGCACUGGCAGUGAUGAUGGUACAGUUAAGCUUUGGGACAUCCGGAAGAAAGCAGCCAUUCAGACAUUUCAGAACACAUACCAGGUGUUAGCUGUGACCUUCAAUGAUACAAGUGAUCAGAUUAUUUCUGGUGGAAUAGACAACGAUAUCAAGGUCUGGGACCUGCGCCAAAACAAGCUGACUUACACCAUGAGAGGCCAUGCAGAUUCAGUGACUGGCCUGAGUUUAAGUUCUGAAGGCUCUUAUCUCUUGUCCAAUGCAAUGGACAAUACAGGUAACUUUGGAGAGGAAAGCUCCCCCAGCGCCCAGUCACUGUGGACCCUAAAGAGACUUUGGGACAUCCGGAAGAAAGCAGCCAUUCAGACAUUUCAGAACACAUACCAGGUGUUAGCUGUGACCUUCAAUGAUACAAGUGAUCAGAUUAUUUCUGGUGGAAUAGACAACGAUAUCAAGAAUCUUCUGAGAUGUUCUUGGUCACCUGAUGGAAGCAAAAUUGCAGCUGGCUCAGCUGACAGGUUUGUGUAUGUGUGGGAUACCACCAGCAGGAGAAUAUUGUAUAAGCUGCCUGGCCAUGCUGGCUCCAUCAAUGAAGUGGCUUUCCACCCCGACGAGCCGAUCAUUCUCUCAGCAUCCAGUGACAAGAGACUGUACAUGGGUGAGAUUCAGUGAAGAUACGGGGUGGAAGACUACAAGGCUGCUUGACUUUGAGACCCCAGACUGCGUAAGUGGCGUCACAUGUUGCCCAGGCUGGCAUCCUCCCUUGAGAUGACCAUCACUAACAAGAAACAGGAGGCAAUGGCCAUACUCCAAAAAACACUUCUAUCCCAUUUCACCAGGAUGAUUAAAGCAAGCUCCCAGUGGCCUCUAAAAACCACCUGCCAGAUUUCAGGGACUUUUUUUUUUUAAUAUAUUUUCUUUGAAGGGACAGAUACUGAUUGGUUUGUAGUUUCCUGUUUUCUAAUCCGGGCCGAAGACAGGGAAUAUGACAAAUUUCUUG